CGGGAUGUCGUUCGGUUUUUCGUGCUCGGCCUUGGGCCCGUUGGACGAGCUUUCAUUGGUGUGGGCGGGGUGACGAGGUUUGAGGGGGUUGGCCGUCGGGGGCGGUGGGGGGGGGUGUUGUGUGGGCGGGGUGACAAGGCUUGAGGGGGUUGGUCGUCGGGUGUUCGUUGUCCACGUGGCAGUGGGAUGCGGCGGCUUAGAAGGAGGCAGCGAGAACAGCUCGCUGUCGUGGUCAUGGCUGUUGCGGUCAGAAUGGCCGAGGAUGCAUUCCAAAGCCUAGAUGACCUCCUUGGUUUCCGGACUGCAAGGCCCUUAUUCCUGGCGCAACAGUUGAAUGACACCCUGUUUGGUGUAGGAGAUGACGGCGAUGACCCUGGCCGUGGAGGGCGUAGUUCGCUUUGGUUGUGGCCAACCAUUGUCGAAAUCUGUGAUCUCUUGCCUCAGGCUUCGCCUAGGUGGUGGGUGAUGAGGCGAUCAGCUGGGUUGUGGAACGACCUGCUUCCAAGAGACAACGCUCAGGACGACCAUUACCUAGGCCUGCUGCGCAUGCGUCGCUCCACCUUCGAUAAACUGCUCCGAAAGAUCGGUCCUUCUUUGGAGAAGACAGUGACGAAAUUCAGGCUGCCGUUGCCUCCGGCGAAGCAUUUCGAGGCGUUGGGGUUUCCGAAUUGCUGGGGCUGUAUUGACUGCACCCAUGUGUAUGUCGACAAACCCCGCUCAAGGGACGGCGAUGACUAUUGCUCUGGUCGACACAACCGGUUCUCCCUUGUGACGCAAGUGGUGGUGGACUCGGAACUGAAGAUCUUGGACUUCUGCUAUGGUUUUCCGGGGACUGUGGGCGAUGCGCGUGUUCUCAAGAACACGUCAUUGUACAGGCGAGCCCUGAAGGGGUCGUUGUUUUUUGACGAUCCACAAGAUCCGUUCCGUGGYGAACGGYCRWCYAUACCAGGUGUCCCUGGCGGGUACUUGCUCGGCGAUGGUGGGUAUCCCAACCUUCCCUGGCUUGUCAUUCCGUACGGGCGUCAACCGGUGGUCACGCGAGCAAUGCAGCAGUUUGACGCUCUGCACAAGAUAGUGAGGUCUUGCAUCGAGCGGUUCUUUGGUGUGUUCAAGAUGCGCUUCCAGUUCUUUUACCGCCCGCACAUUGCUGACAUCACGAGGGAGAGGGUGGAGUUCCGCGCUUGUUGUAUACUCCACAACCUACUUCAGGAGUGGGGUGACCUGCCGGAAGCGGAGGAUGAGUUGAUGGAUGUUUCGUCUCCCGACAGUCCGCCUCCCGAUGGUGACCGCCUCAUUUUGGGUCUCCGAGUAACCCCAGUCUUCGAUAGAAGACAGGCCUGCAGGCUGUGAGUAGUGGUCAAUGGAGGGCUGUUCGUCGUCUUCCGCGUUCACUCAGUUAACGGUGCAAGAUGACGAACUGCAGACGAGCGAG